AGGUUGCUUUCUUCCAUGCCAGCCAAAAUUGUCAACUUCCUUCUUUUGUUUCUUGCUUUCGGAUUGCCCUAUUCACAUGGAGAAACUUGGAUUAAAGCUGGUUACUGGUAUGCCGGUAGUGAAUCUCCAAUUCCUGAUAUCAAUUCUGGGUUGUUCACUCAUCUUCUUUGUGCUUUUGCUGAUAUUAACCCUACCUCCUACCAGCUUUCUAUAUCUUCUUCUGAAGAACACUACUUCUCUACCUUUACCGGCAUAGUCAAGCGUAGGAACCCUUCUGUUGUAACACUUCUGUCCAUCUGGGGAGGAAAAGGGCCCACGGGUUUGUCCAUCUUGGGUGAAAGGGUGAACUCUUCCAUGGUGUCUUUGAUGGUUACGCAGCCCUCUUACAGAAAAUCUUUCAUUGAAUCCGCCAUGAAAACAGCUAGACUUUACGGGUUUCAUGGCCUGGACCUGUUUUGGCUUUGGCCUAACACCGAGUCUGAUAUGAAGAAUAUGGGAGCCCUCCUGGAUGAGCUGCGAGCAGCUGUGAAAUUGGAGUCUAGAAAUUCUGGUAAGGCACCACUGAUAUUGACUAUGGCUGUUCAUUAUGUGCCAACUCUCUACUCAGUGAGCUACCACUUUGAGGCAAUACAGAGGAACUUGGAUUGGGCACAUAUUCCAGCAUAUGACUAUUAUUUGCCUUCAAGGGUGAACUUUACACACGCCCAUGCUGCUCUGUAUGAUCCAUUGAGCAAUGUUAGCACUGAUUUUGGUAUUAGGGAAUGGAUCAGUAAAGGGUUCCCUGCUAGUAAGCUGGUUUUGGGGUUGCCUUACCAUGGAUAUGCAUGGACACUUGUGAACCCUAACCACAAUGGCAUUGGCGCACCCGCUUCAGGUAUAGCCAUGACAGCAGAUGGAUCCAUGAGCUAUAAAUACAUCAAGUGGUUCCUUCGAAGUUAUGGGGCUACUUCAAUGUACAAUGCUACUUAUGUAGUGAAUUACGUCACUAUUGGAACAACUUGGAUUGGUUUUGAUGAUGUGCAGGCUAUCAGAGCUAAAAUUUCUUAUGCCAAGGAGAAGAAGCUACUUGGUUACAAUGUGUUCCAGGUUAGCAAUGACGACAAUUGGGCGCUUUCUCAGGCAGCUCAAGAUGAUGACAAAGAUCAUCACAAGAAGCAGGAAUUAUUGGUAAAAAUUCUGGUUCCAAUUGCUGUACUUAUUCUUGUAGCAGGCUCCAUAAUGUGUUGUUACUCACAAAGCAGAGUACUCAAAGCAAUAGGGACCAAGAAUUUAGGCAAAAUAUCACUACUUGAAGUAGGAAGCAAAUCAUCAGGUGUUGAAAAUUUUAACAGUAAUGCUCCUAAUCUGCGAGUAUUCAGUUUUGCUGAGAUCAAAGAGGCUACAAAUAACUUUUCCUUUGAAAAUAAGCUUGGAGAGGGUGGAUUUGGGCCUGUUUACAAGGGUAAAUCACGGAAGGGAGAGGAAAUGGCAGUGAAGAGGCUUUCGAAAACUUCUAAUCAGGGAGCAGAGGAGUUCAUAAAUGAGGUUACACUUACAGCCAAACUGCAACAUGUAAAUCUAGCUAGGCUUCUGGGAUGUUGCACGGAAGGAGAAGAAAAGAUGUUGAUCUAUGAGUACAUGCCCAACAAAAGCCUGGAUUUCUAUCUGUUUGAUCUUACUAGGCGCUAUUUUUUAGAUUGGACAAAGCGCAUCGCCAUCAUUGAAGGGAUUACUCAAGGACUUCUCUACCUCCAAGAAUACUCCAACUUCACUAUAAUUCACCGGGAUUUGAAAGCUAGCAACAUUUUACUGGACAGCGAGAUGAAGCCCAAGAUUUCAGAUUUUGGCAUAGCUAGAGCUUUCCAAAAGGAUGAACAUGAGGCAAGCACAGGCCGGAUUGUAGGAACGUAUGGCUACGUUCCUCCUGAAUACGUUCGAAGAGGGAUAUACUCCAUGAAAUAUGAUGUUUAUAGCUUCGGAGUUCUACUCCUGCAGAUAAUUAGUAGCAGGAGGAAUUCAUGCACAUAUGGCUUGAGCCAAAACCUAAACCUUCUAGAAUAUGCAUACGAGUUGUGGAAAGAGGGAGAAGGCAUGAGGUUUAUGGACCCAUCACUAGAUGACUCAUCUUCGUCUUGUAAACUCAUGGCAUGCUUGCAAGUAGCUCUGUUAUGCAUCCAAGAAAAUCCGGACCACAGACCAACAAUGUUGGAAGUGUCUUCAAUGCUCAAAAGCGAAACUGCAGCCAUGCCUGCCCCUUUAAGGCCUGCUUUUUCAAUCAAAAGUAAUGAAGAUAAAUUAUCAGUCAAUGAUGCCACCACUUCUUCGCAGCAAGAUAUAUUAUCAGUCAAUGAUGCCACCAUUUCUGAUUUGGUACCACGGUGAUGGUGCAGACUGUCCUAAUAUGAAGAAAUGAUAAUUUGUGAUUUUGGGUA